GCAACGAUUACCUCAGUCCCAUUUGGGCGAUUUAUGGAUUGAAAAUGAAAGUACCUUGCAUCUGAUAAGAUUAGUUCAAGAAGGCUAUAUGACUAUUGAACAUACUGCCCAGAAGGAUUUUUCCAAAGCUGAAAAAGGAAAUGUAUUUUCACCUGCAGAUGUCUUACGAUCAGAUAGUGACUAUCUGCCUAUUGGUCAUUUGGUCAGAAUCUCCCAGGAUGUUACAUCAAAUGAUAGACCUGCUACUGAAGGAAGUGAAGUACUAAAGUGUUCAAGCAGUGAUCCAACUAAAAGUGUUAGUUCCAGUUGUGAUGGAAAAUGUGGUAACAUAAUGUGUAGUGUAAAAGCUGAUCCUAGUCCAGAGUGGCCACUAGAUAUGCCUACUCAGCCCUUUCUUUCAACACUCACACAGACAAUUCCUGAAGAAUGCUGUAAUGACAAAAAGAGCCGUUCUUGCUCUUCUGCUGAUUGUUGUUGCAACGACAUAUCAAAACUCACUUGCCCCUCAUAUGACAGUCAUAUAAACAAUAAACUCUGCCGUAGUCAUCCUCAGGAUUUCCCUGUUUUUUCGGACACCAUGGUUAAAGACUUAUCUUACUCUGAGAGAAAACAGUGUGGAAAGCUGCCAUUUUUAAAUGGAUUGGAAUCAACAUUUGAUGCACCAUCAUUAAUAUUAAACCAUGGUAAAACUGAUGUACCAAAACUACUUGGAAGCCCUUCAAACCAGUUACAUAGCAGAAGUACCAGUGAAGAGAUCCUUUCCAUCAGCUCUGGUAAUGAGAUUAAUGUGUGUAAACAAACAAAUCCAGAUAUUUUGAUCCAACCCAGAAAUUCACUGAGGCAUUUCAAGAGUCAGAGCAAGUGUAGAUCAAGAUCCCAGCCAAGAGUUGAAUUGGAUGUAGUUUCUCAAGGGGAAAAGAUAUAUGUCUUGAAACCAGAUAGAAAUAUAGAUCUAGUCAGAAUUACUGGUGCCAGGGAGAGGUCAACAUUUCUUGAAGGAGAGCGUGUACUUUUAGAUAAGGCCAGUCAAGGUACCAGAGAAUUACCAGAGUCAUUACAGUUAUGCUGUUGCAGAGUUGCAGUCAGGAUCCACGGAUACUUCUAGAGCUUCUUUUGCAUAGAUUUUUUUCAAAUAUGAAAACUAUUCAGGACUUGAUAGUAAGACAUGCGACCAAUAUUCAUUCAAUAUAUGAGAAAUUU